CCCUCUUUUUCGAAAAAAAAUUCUGAAAAUUUUCCGCUGUGUUUCUUGCAGUGAAAAAUCAAGAGGGUAAAUCAGGUUUUUUCAAUCGGGCGACUGAAAUUCCUUCAAUCAGAAUAUUAGUUAAUUAGCACCGCUGUACACAAUUUCAAUUUAAUUAGGAAACAAGCUCGAAGUAAUCAGUCGCGUAAUUGUACUGGGUUAGUGACCUAAUUGUUUGUUUUCCAUCCGGAAAAGGAGAUUUGUGGGAUUAAUAUUUGUGAUUUUUUGCUGUCACUGAGAUUUAUCUGUGACAAAAAAAAAGAUGGGAGGAAGUGGAGAAAUUAGAGAGGAGGAGCAGCAGAAGGAGGUGCUAGAUAUCAACGAGUGGCUGCCGAUCACGAAAUCGCGGAACGCGACGUGGUGGUAUUCGGCAUUCCACAAUGUCACUGCCAUGGUUGGUGCUGGUGUUCUUGGCCUCCCCUAUGCCAUGUCUCACCUUGGAUGGGGCCCUGGAGUUGCAGUGCUGGUUCUCUCGUGGAUAAUUACACUCUACACCUUAUGGCAGAUGGUAGAAAUGCAUGAAAUUGUACCUGGCAAGAGGUUUGAUAGGUACCAUGAGUUAGGGCAACAUGCCUUUGGGGAAAAGCUAGGGCUUUACAUUGUGGUGCCCCAGCAACUGAUGGUGGAACUUGGAACUUGCAUAGUUUAUAUGAUUACAGGUGGCAAUUCCUUGAAGAAGAUUCACAGCACUGUGUGCCCUGACUGUAAGCCUAUCAAAACCAGCUACUUCAUCAUGAUCUUUGCAUCUGUUCACUUUGUUCUCUCCCACCUUCCUAGCCUCAAUUCCAUUGCUAGUGUUUCUCUUGCCGCUGCUGUCAUGUCAUUGAGCUACUCUACCAUUGCUUGGGGAGCUUCUCUGCACAAAGGGGUGGAGCCACAAGUGCAGUAUGGUCCCAGGGCUUCAACCCCUGCAGGGAAUACGUUCAACUUCUUUAGUGCUUUGGGAGACGUAGCUUUUGCUUUUGCUGGCCACAAUGUGGUUUUGGAGAUUCAAGCAACGAUUCCUUCCACGCCUGAAAAGCCGUCCAAAAAACCAAUGUGGAAGGGGGUCGUUCUUGCUUACAUUGUGGUCGCAAUGUGCUAUUUCCCUGUGGCUCUCAUCGGAUACUGGGUGUUUGGAAACCACGUCGAGGAUAAUAUCCUCAUAUCAUUGGAGAAGCCUGCUUGGCUUAUCGUUCUUGCGAAUUGCUUUGUUGUUGUUCAUGUCAUUGGAAGUUAUCAGGUCUACGCAAUGCCGGUGUUUGACAUGGCGGAAUUAUUUCUGUUGAAGAAGAUGAAAUUCAAGCCAUCUUUGGUCCUUCGCUUCGUAACACGAAAUGUGAUUGUUGCAUUCACCUUGUUCGUUGGAAUUACAUUCCCGUUCUUUGGCGGGCUUCUUGGUUUCUUCGGAGGAUUUGCAUUUGCUCCUACAACAUACUAUCUCCCUUGCAUCAUGUGGCUUAUCAUCUACAAACCAAAGAAGUUUGGCCUUUCUUGGUUUGCAAAUUGGUUCUGCAUCAUAGUUGGAGUGUCACUGAUGCUUUUAGCUCCGAUCGGGGCAUUAAGGAACCUCAUACUUCAAGCGAAGAACUUCAAAUUCUACUCUUGAAUAUCUGCAGCGUGAGAUUGAGUUCGAGUUUACACAACAAAUAGUAUUAUUAUUAUUUUUAUUUUGGUAAUCAGCCAAUUGUUUAAUUUUAACUUUCUUUAAUAAUAUUAGGACCUGCUUAUUGCUUUGUAUAAUUUAGCAUCUGUUCAUAGCCUGUUUGAUGGAUAUACAGUUCAAUUUCAGACCCUCCCUUGUUGUUAAUGGGAAACGUUUCAACAGCAUUGCCUUGAGCUCCAUCAUUCAUAUUAUUUUUUCGAUUCAAUCUAAUUCGUUAUGUGAAAAGAAAAUUAAACCUAAUUGUACAACAAACCUCAAGUAGGACGCAUUUAUGCGAGAGAUGUAAUCAACUUGCUACAUUUAACUCUUAUACGAUAGAUUCAAGGCCAAGUCCCAGCUGCAUUGCCGAUCGGCAUGUAGUCAAGCCACGUACGCAUGGUCACCAAAUUGCCGUCUUGUACAAUUUGCACUAAGUUUGCCACCGGGCUGCACAAUGCCCAUGGAGGAGACGGCUCCCUAAUGGCGUAACUCAGGUUCGCCGGGGCUAUGGAGUAGAUGGCUAUUCCACUCUCGAUCAGUCAGUUCCAGCAAACCAUGGAUCGGUCAUUUCCCCCAGCACAUACAACCAGUAUUCCAUGCUCGACCCGUUGCUGAAAAUGCAGCAAUGGGCACAGAACUUGCUUGGACAAUAGCAGCAAGAAAUUCAGAGGGUUCAAUCCCCUGAUUGGUAAACGCCAGUCCUGGUCAAGCGUGUGGUAUAGGGCCUUGAGGAAAAUUCUAUACGCUUCGCAGCAAAGCGCGCCUGAAGAACUGGUAAAUUCUACCAUUACAAACAUUGUAUACCAUUUGGAAGCAACAAAACAUAAUAAUAGUUGUGAUCGGUGGGAGCAAUUCACAAUCGAACAACAUGAACAAUAUAAAAACGGAAGCCUUGACAAGAGUAGGGAUUUCAUUUCGAUUAAAAGCGUACUUAACAUCGUUAAUUUGAAGUUCAAAAGCUAAUAUCAUCACUCACACAUAAUUCUAACAGAGCUCGAUUUCGAUCAACGACAAUGUACCAAUUACCUAACCAACCAACCAAGCUCUUCUUCAUCAAACCAUGUAGUUAUAAACCGUAAACCCAAAGCCCGAAACAUGAUCAUAAACCCUAAUCUCUGGAGGACGUAACAACCGUGAUCAUGUUCGGAAUAAGCACAAAUUCAUAAGUGAAAAGCAAUUCUCCAGCUUUGAGUACCUUCCAGCUCCCGCUAGACAUUUGCAGAGCAUAACCCUCGUUCGCCAACUGCCCCACCGAAAUCAAAUUCCGCACCAAACCCGGAAUGUGCUUCACAUUGUGGAUGAUCCAACUCGCCCCGCCCGGCAACUUGACCCGAACGUCGCCUUUCCCGACAAUGUCCAGCGAACUGUUGUUCAGGCCCAA